AUGGAACCUCCUGAUAAAUUGACCCGCCUUUUUGGGGUACCUUAUCUCGAUUUCACCGCCCGGAGACUACAGCCUAUCCUGCGCCAAUACAACCUGCGUCCAGGACACAAACGGAAAGCAGAAUUGUUCCGUCAACUUCAAGAAUAUUCUGAACGUCAAAUUGAGGACGAGGACGAACGAAACAUUCUCCAAGAAUUUGCGCAGGGUGAGAUAGACAUAGUACAAUUGCAACAUUCAUUGCAGAAAAGGCACAGAGGAAUUCAAGACCCCCCUCUACGGCAAUCCAACAUCAUCAAGGUCGAACCAGGCUCGAACUUCGACGCUCAUGCUGCUAUAGCUGAGACUAGAAGCUGCGAUGUAUGCAUGGAAGAUCUGGAGUUUAACGAAUUUCCUGCACAAGUACCAACAAUUUCGUGUGAGCAUAAGGUAGUCACAUGUAAUGGAUGUCUUAGAAGGAGCAUUGAAGUACAGAUACAUGAAUCUCCUGGCAGAAUCACAUGUCCAACAUGCCCUCAACAACUCCAAUUCGAGGACGUAAAGAAAUAUGCCUCAAGGGAAGAAUUUGAACGGUAUGCCUGCUCCUAAUAACGAACCCUACGUGAUCAUCCUUUAUCUUCUUAUGAAGUACCUGAUGAGAAUAGACUUCGGUAUCCUAACCCAUAUAAUUGGUUUGUGCCUAACUGACCACCCUUUUUGACAGGUAUGACAGACACUGUUUAAUGGCAUCCUUUACGGACGAUCCAUUCUUCACACCCUGUCUUGGACCAGGCUGUGGCUCUGGGCGUAAGUAUUCUGUUCUUUGGUGCCACCCUUCUGGCCUAUUAGCAAGCCCUAAAACAAGCGGUCAAGAAAACCAUUCUCACCCCGUCAUCUGGAGGAAGGACAAAACACAUGCUAAUGUGCCGCAGAGAUCCAUUAUGGUGGCCACGAUGAAAAAAAUUUGAUAUUGAGCGGGAGGAAAGAGCUAGACAGGAGGCGGCCAGCAGUAUCUAUUUGA